CAGGUGUAUGAUGGUGGAUGCAACCGUUGGAUGAGGUAUAAAAACAAUUGAAGUAAUAAAAGAGCAACCGCAAUUUGAAAUUGUUUUGGAUAAGACAAUCCCAGCUGCGCGCAAUCUACAGAGGGAGAAAGAGUGAAGAGAGAGAUUGACACGUCACCACCUUCACAACAAUGGCUGCUCUUCAGCACCUCUCUUCUUCUAUCACCGCUCCCUUGCCGCCGCAGCUCCGCUCUCGUUUCCAUCCCCGCCGCCGUCGCGGUUGUCGCCUCCUCCCUUCCGCCUCGGCCGCUCCUCACUAUGAGCAGACUGACAACGCCAUCACCCGCCGCCAAUUGAUCGGCGGACUGCAAGCCGCGGCCGCGAUUUCGCUCUAUCCGCUCGGCCGCAAGGCUCUGGCGGCGGACGACUCGCUGUCCGAGUGGGAGAGAGUUUUCCUUCCGAUUGAUCCCGGAGUCGUGCUUCUCGACAUUGCUUUCGUCCCUGAUGAUCCCUCUCACGGUUUCCUAUUGGGGACUAGACAAACUUUGCUGGAGACGAAAGACGGAGGAACCACUUGGGCUCCACGUUCCAUACCGUCUGCUGAGGAUGAGGACUUUAACUAUAGGUUUAAUUGCAUCAGCUUCAAAGGGAAGGAAGGUUGGAUUAUAGGCAAGCCAGCUAUUCUUUUGUACACUUCAGAUGCUGGAGAUACAUGGAAGCGUAUACAUAGAGAUGCAAAAUUGUUUCCUGGUCAAGAACCAGAAAGAUGGCAAAUAGAUGCAGUAUAUAUAAAGGGUACUGGAGAAAAGGGUGCCGAAUUGGUAACUGACCAGGGUGCAAUAUAUGUCACAUCGAAUGGUGGAUACAAUUGGAAGGCUGCUAUUCAGGAGACUGUUUCAGCUACUUUAAAUAGAACAGUUUCUAGUGGUAUCAGUGGUGCCAGCUACUAUACAGGAACAUUUAGCACUGUGAAUCGCUCACCUGAUGGAAAAUAUGUCGCUGUUUCAAGCCGUGGUAACUUCUAUCUGACAUGGGAACCAGGUCAGGCUUAUUGGCAGCCUCAUAAUAGGGCUAUUGCCAGAAGAAUUCAGAACAUGGGAUGGAGAGCUGACGGUGGUCUUUGGCUUCUAGCACGUGGUGGGGGACUUUUUCUCAGCAAGGGUACUGGGAUAUCUGAGGAAUUUGAGGAAAUUCCAGUGCAGAGCCGUGGAUUCGGGAUUCUUGAUGUUGGAUACCGAUCAGAGGAUGAGGCUUGGGCUGCUGGUGGCAGUGGUGUUCUGCUGAAAACCACAAACAGUGGGAAGACCUGGGUCCGUGACAGAGCAGCUGACAACAUCGCUGCUAAUCUUUACUCUGUCAAGUUCAUAAAUGACAAACAGGGAUUUGUACUGGGGAACGACGGAGUCUUGCUGAAAUAUCUAGGAUGAAUCAUGGGCUGCUUAAACUGAGGAUGCAGAAUCGACAUAUGUUUCUUCUGUUUAGUCGUUUGUGAUCGCCACUGUCACGUCUCCUAUACAUUUAGAGGAACCAUGUGAGUUAAUUUUGUUUAUAUGUAUAUGUGUGUGUUGGUUAAUGUGGUAUCUGAGUACAUACAUAAAGCUUUGGCUUUCAUUUGAGUAGUAUUUAGAUAUUCAUUUGUAGAUUACUGGAAUGGUAUGUGUUGAAUAAGUGGAAACAUUGUUGAGUUGA